AAACAGUAACCAAAUCCCAGAGCUAACACUUUCCAGGAGUCUGGACCGAGUCUCGGGGGCAGAAGAGUAAACUCGCAACAUCCUGGCCCCAGGAAACAAACACCUAAACUUGGCAUUUCAUCCAUCCCUCCAUCUAGGUCCUCCCAGCAUGGGAAGUGGAGACGAGAAGAGAGCCUAGACCAACCUUCCCAUAACCAAAAUGGCUGCCGUGCAUUCUCCGCCCACAGCUGACAUGCUCGUCGCCAUUUUGUCUCCAUAGUAACGCAGCCAGCUCCUUCCGCGCUGGCCUAGGCCCGGCUUGUAUGGAAAUGAAAAGCAUUUCCCUCCCUCUCAUUUUUGCGACAGUUGCAGGGAAAGUCACGGCAGUUGGCUGAUGUCAGCUGAUUUUCUGCAGCGGCGGUGGCGGCGGCGGCGGCGGCAACGGCAACGGCUUCUUGCAGCCUCGGUGGAGAGACAGAGGCUGGGCUGGGGUUGCGGUCCAAAGUUUUCCCACCUGGAUUUGCCCACCCCUACCUCUUCCUCACAUACGUCCUCGUCUUGUCUUCUUUGCCGGGGCGCCCACAGGUUAUCAGACAGAAAAUAUCGCGGCAUAAGAUGAAGCUGUGACAGAUGGGGAAGCUGAGACCCAGAGGUGUAACUUUUUCAAGAUUACAUAGAAGAGCCAGAAUUUGAAUAUAGUUCUUCUGAUUGUUUGAAAGCACAAUGGCCGGAAACAGCCUUGUUCUACCCAUUGUUCUUUGGGGUCGCAAAGCACCAACGCACUGCAUCUCAGCAGUGCUUUUGACAGAUGAUGGGGCCACGAUCGUGACUGGAUGCCAUGAUGGACAAAUAUGUCUCUGGGAUCUUUCAGUAGACUUGGAAGUGAAUCCUCGAGCCCUGUUGUUUGGUCACACAGCUUCAAUCACCUGCUUGUCUAAAGCUUGUGCUUCUAGUGACAAACAGUAUAUUGUGAGUGCAUCUGAGAGUGGAGAGAUGUGCCUCUGGGAUGUGAAUGAUGGCAGAUGUAUUGAAUUCACAAAAUUAGCUUGCACACACACUGGCAUACAGUUCUACCAGUUCUCUGUGGGAAAUCAGAAGGAAGGCAGGCUCCUGUGCCACGGCCAUUAUCCUGAAAUCCUCGUUGUGGACGCCACCAGCCUUGAGGUGCUGUACUCCUUGGUAUCAAAGAUAGCUCCAGACUGGAUUAGCUCCAUGAGUAUUAUCCGAUCCCACCGAACACAAGAGGACACUGUGGUAGCGCUCUCAGUGACGGGCAUCUUGAAGGUGUGGAUUGUUACCUCUGAAAUAAGUGGCAUGCAGGAUACUGAGCCAAUAUUUGAGGAGGAAUCCAAACCAAUUUACUGUCAGAAUUGCCAAAGCAUCUCUUUUUGUGCAUUUACACAAAGGUCACUUUUGGUCGUGUGCUCCAAGUAUUGGAGGGUCUUCGAUGCUGGUGACUACUCCCUGCUGUGUUCAGGACCCAGUGAAAACGGGCAGACGUGGACUGGAGGUGACUUUGUGUCCGCAGACAAGGUCAUCAUUUGGACUGAAAAUGGGCAAAGUUAUAUUUACAAACUACCUGCCAGUUGCCUUCCAGCUAGUGAUUCAUUCCGCAGUGAUGUGGGGAAAGCAGUUGAAAAUUUAAUUCCUCCUGUACAACAUAGCCUCUUGGAUCGAACAGAUAAAGAGUUGCUAAUUUGUCCUCCUGUUACUCGGUUCUUCUAUGGAUGCAAGGAAUACUUCCACAAAUUAUUAAUUCAGGGUGAUUCUUCUGGCAGGUUGAAUAUUUGGAACAUAUCAGACACACCCGAUAAACAGGAAGGCAAAGGAGGGCUGGAAAUGACAACUUCUAUUAGUUUGCAAGAAGCAUUUGACAGACUGAAUCCUUGUCCUGCUGGAAUUAUAGAUCAGCUGAGUGUGAUUCCCAACAGUAAUGAACCUCUUAAGGUAACUGCAAGUGUGUACAUACCAGCGCAUGGACGACUCGUUUGCGGCCGUGAAGAUGGAAGCAUCAUUAUCGUACCUGCCACACAGACAGCCAUAGUGCAGCUGCUGCAGGGGGAACACAUGCUCCGCAGAGGUUGGCCACCUCACAGGACACUCCGUGGUCAUCGGAACAAAGUCACAUGUUUGCUGUAUCCUCAUCAGGUCUCAGCUCGUUAUGAUCAAAGAUAUCUGAUAUCUGGAGGUGUGGAUUUUUCGGUCAUAAUUUGGGACAUAUUUUCCGGAGAAAUGAAACAUAUCUUCUGUGUCCAUGGUGGCGAGAUUACUCAACUUCUAGUUCCACCUGAAAACUGUAGUGCAAGAGUACAGCACUGCAUCUGCUCUGUAGCCAGUGACCACUCAGUGGGACUCCUAAGUUUGCGAGAGAAAAAAUGCAUUAUGCUGGCAUCUCGUCAUCUUUUCCCCAUUCAAGUAAUCAAGUGGAGGCCCUCUGAUGAUUACCUAGUUGUGGGAUGUUCAGAUGGCUCCGUGUACGUCUGGCAGAUGGACACUGGCGCGCUGGAUCGUUGUGUGAUGGGGAUCACAGCGGUCGAGAUACUGAACGCUUGUGAUGAAGCAGUUCCCGCUGCCGUUGAUUCACUCAGUCACCCAGCAGUCAACCUAAAACAAGCCAUGACCAGACGUAGUCUUGCUGCUCUGAAAAAUAUGGCCCAUCAUAAGCUACAAACCCUUGCAACUAACCUCUUGGCUUCCGAAGCAUCUGACAAAGGAAAUUUGCCUAAAUAUUCCCAUAACUCCCUGAUGGUUCAGGCAAUAAAGACGAACCUGACAGAUCCGGACAUGCAUGUGCUUUUCUUUGAUGUGGAAGCGCUGAUCAUCCAGCUCCUGACUGAGGAAGCCUCUAGGCCGAACACCGCACUUAUUUCCCCAGAGAAUCUGCAAAAAGCAUCUGGCAGCUCAGACAAAGGGGGCUCUUUUCUAACUGGAAAACGAGCAGCCGUUCUCUUCCAACAAGUGAAAGAGACGAUCAAAGAGAACAUAAAGGAACAUCUCCUCGAUGACGAAGAGGAGGAUGAGGAGAUAAUGAGGCAGAGGCGGGAAGAGAGCGACCCUGAGUAUCGGGCCAGCAAAUCUAAGCCGCUGACGCUGUUAGAAUAUAAUCUGACUAUGGACACCGCGAAACUGUUCAUGUCCUGCCUCCACGCCUGGGGUCUGAAUGAAGUUCUGGAUGAAGUUUGCCUCGACCGCCUGGGAAUGCUGAAACCCCACUGCACAGUGUCCUUUGGCCUCUUAUCCAGAGGAGGUCAUAUGUCACUGAUGCUUCCUGGUUAUAAUCAGCCCGCUUGUAAACUACCACACGGGAAAGCAGAAGUAGGAAGGAAGCUGCCAGCAUCUGAGGGAGUAGGAAAGGGGACUUACGCAGUGUCCCGGGCCGUCACCACGCAGCACCUCCUGUCCAUCAUAUCUUUGGCGAACACCUUGAUGAGUAUGACCAAUGCAACUUUCAUUGGUGACCAUAUGAAGAAGGGCCCUACCAGGCCACCUAGACCAAGCACCCCAGACCUGUCUAAGGCAAGGGGUUCCCCUUCAACUUCCAGUAAUAUUGUGCAAGGACAGAUUAAACAAGUCGCUGCACCUGUCGUUUCCGCUCGGUCUGAUGCUGAUCACUCUGGCUCUGACCCUGCUUCCACUCCUGCUUUACAUACCUGUUUCUUAGUAAAUGAAGGAUGGAGUCAGCUGGCUGCCAUGCACUGUGUUAUGCUGCCAGACCUGCUGGGACUGGACAGGUUUAGGCCCCCGCUUCUAGAGAUGCUGGCUCGGAGAUGGCAAGAUCGAUGCUUGGAGGUCAGAGAAGCCGCGCAAGCCCUGCUUCUGGCUGAGCUGAGAAGAAUUGAGCAGGCGGGGCGGAAGGAGGCCAUCGAUGCCUGGGCUCCUUACUUACCCCAGUACAUGGACCACGUCAUAUCACCUGGGGUCUCAGCAGAAGCCAUGCAGACUAUCACCACUGCUCCUGAUGCUUCGGGGCCAGAAGCCAAAGUCCAGGAGGAAGAGCAUGACCUUGUAGAUGAUGACAUCACAACCGGUAAGCGGAAGCAAGCUACUGCUAUUGUUUUACUAGGAGUAAUAGGAGCUGAAUUUGGGGCUGAAAUUGAACCUCCCAAACUGUUGACCAGACCUCGAAGCUCUAGUCAGAUUCCUGAGGGAUUUGGUCUGACUAGUGGCGGAUCCAACUACUCACUGGCCAGACAUACUUGUAAGGCACUGACAUUUCUUCUGCUGCAGCCACCAAGCCCCAAACUUCCUCCACACAGUACUGUCCGAAGAACAGCCAUUGAUCUGAUCGGACGUGGCUUCACAGUCUGGGAGCCUUACAUGGACGUGUCUGCUGUCCUGAUGGGGCUUCUCGAACUCUGUGCUGACGCCGAGAAGCAGCUUGCCAACAUCACAAUGGGGCUGCCCCUGAGCCCAGCAGCUGACUCCGCCCGCUCUGCCCGACACGCCCUCUCCCUCAUCGCCACCGCCAGACCACCCGCCUUCAUCACCACCAUAGCCAAAGAGGUCCACAGACAUACUGCUCUGGCGGCAAACACACAAUCGCAGCAGAAUAUGCACACCACAACCCUUGCACGAGCUAAAGGGGAGAUCCUGAGAGUCAUUGAAAUUCUCAUUGAAAAGAUGCCUACAGAUGUUGUGGAUCUUCUUGUGGAGGUAAUGGACAUCAUUAUGUACUGCCUUGAAGGAUCUUUAGUUAAAAAGAAAGGUCUUCAGGAAUGUUUCCCAGCCAUCUGCAGGUUCUACAUGGUCAGCUAUUAUGAGCGGAAUCACAGAAUAGCGGUUGGAGCUCGCCAUGGUUCAGUGGCCCUGUACGACAUCCGGACUGGAAAAUGUCAGACCAUCCACGGACACAAGGGACCAAUCACUGCAGUGGCCUUUGCCCCGGAUGGACGCUAUCUUGCUACCUACUCAAACACUGACAGCCACAUUUCUUUCUGGCAGAUGAACACCUCCCUGCUGGGGAGCAUCGGCAUGCUGAACUCCGCACCCCAGCUGCGCUGCAUUAAGACCUACCAGGUGCCCCCCGUGCAGCCGGCCUCCCCAGGCUCCCACAACGCCCUCAGGCUGGCCCGGCUCAUCUGGACUUCCAACCGCAACGUCAUCCUCAUGGCCCACGACGGCAAGGAGCACCGCUUCAUGGUCUAGCGCUCGCGUCUGCGUCUCCGUUCUUCCCAUGCGCCGAGCCGAGAGUCCUGUCCCCCCCGCACUCCGGACCAUUCUUCGGUGUCACCCGGGGGUGCUGCCGGGUCUGUGUCCCUCUGCAUGGUCCUCGGGGGCAGACCCCUCCUGUGUCACCUACCGGCUGAGGCAUGCACACAUCGCUCUGCAGGAUGUGGCCGUCCUGUCACCAGGUCGUUUCUCCCUCCUGCCGCAGAGGGAGGGGCAGGUCCCCGGAGCGCUCCCGUUGCUGGGUGCACCCGAGGCCCGAAAAUCAAUAACCACUGUGAUUGCACUGCCGGCCCAGAUCAGCUUUCUCCUCGCACUCAGCACCGCCCCCCCCCCGACGUGCUGCUGGAACCUGGUCGUUCUGACGCUGGGUUUUGAGGUAUCGUGGCUGUCCUCACCAUGGAUACUAUUUUCCUUUGGAUUUCUGAAAACAUGCUCUUGUUUACCAGAAAGAUUGUGUGUUUACAUGGGUUUUUUUCUUCUGAUGAUUGCUAGGAAAUCCAAUUUCCUACAGUCUCACCCCUACCUUCUUUAGUAACACCUAACCGGUUUGAAAUUAAUGAGGAAAUACACACACACACACAUUUUCCUCUUGGAGAAUGCAGUUUCCCAGACACCUGGCCUUCUAAAUGCUCAUAUCCUGCUGAAGUGAUACUGUAUUUAGUAGUUUAAAAUAAAAACCAUCCUACUCAUGACCUAGUUAACAGAAUUAGCCAGUCACUGUAACUAAUCUCUUAUAAUAAAGAGCCAAGUUUGGAAGCAUAGCAUAUCCCUGAAAAGGAGACCCUUGUACCUAGGGCUACAGACCUCACCCCUUCCUUCCAGAAAUGUCACAGACCUGCAGUUCCCGUAUGUCAGCUAUCACGUGACAAAGACAGUUCUGCCUUCAGACUACUGCUAAUCAGUGACAGGAGCAUUUCUUUUAAACAAACGUCCUAGAAAAGUAUUCACUAUGGCACAAGCAUUCAGGAGCAUACAUUUGUCCCUCAGCAUCUGCGGGGGAUUGCUUCCAGGACCCCCGAGGACACCAAAAUCCAAAUCUGCUCAAGCCCCUUCUAGAAAAUGGCCACGUGCACGGAGGGCUGACUGUAUGUAAAAAGGUGGGGGCCCUCCAUCAGUCUGGACAAACGGUGCAGUGAGGAUGUUGACCACACUUCAGAGUAAGCUGGAGCCACGUCACUUACUUCUGCUUACGUCGGGCUGUGCUGGUUCCUACUCAUAGUAAUGGGGGAAAAAAUCCAUAAAAUAGUAUUUUGUAUGAAUUGCCCCUAACAAACCUUGAUCUGUCUAUAGUCGGGGAUUUGUCUGGUUGACUGUUGACUGGUUGGUUAAUUGAGCAGAAUGGCUUAUUAAAUACAAAAAUAGAAGAUGAUUUAUUAAAUUCAGAGAAAAUACAUGAAGUUUCCAGAGGGACCAAAAUUAUAACGGGAGCAUCUAAUUAAAAAAAGCAUAGAUCGCCAGAGUUUAUAUAGUAUACAAAAAAGUAGGAUCGCAGUCCAGGAGCAAAUACAUCUGUGAUUUUAUUGAAACAGACUUUUAAAGAACAUGUUACAAAAUUAAGACCACUAGGACGUCUCCUUCAUGUGGAUAUGAAGUAUGUUAUUUCUGUUGAUGACAAACCCGUCCCAUACCUCGGUUUUAGACUUUAGGUGUUCUUCUAAAGUGAAGGUUUGCCACAUGCAUGUACAUUGUAUUUAUGAAGAUUAUAUAUGUAGUUUCCCAGGAAGAAACUAAGAGCUAUGCAGUGUAGACGUGGUUUGUUUGGUGAGUGUGCUGACGUGUCCGACGCAGAUCGAGAAACCCGAGGUGCACAAGAGGCACUCUUGGCUUUUCCACUGGUUUCCCGAGUCUUCCGUACGAGUACCCAGCACACGUUCACUUUAUGAACCUAAAUGGGGAUUAAUUUAUUCUAGACUACAAAGCCGCUUUGGAAUGAUGAAGUAAAAGUAUACUUUAGAGAUUUAAAAAAAAAUGUUCAGUGCAUCAGGAGAAAGGUGAGACCGGUGGGCAGGCCACUGGAAGCCUGGGUGGCACACCCCAUGGAGAUUGGGCAGAAAACUGAGAGCCAGAGGAGCAAAACCCCUGGGUGGUGGGGCCAUCCUGGCCGCGCAGACAGCCCACACGAUUGGCCAGUAGACUGUUGCAGUUGUGAACCAGUGGGGUGGAUGAUAUUUGUUGGGUAGACAGACAUCUCUAACUGCUAAACUAACGUUUGCAUUCUUGUUCACACCAAUCUCUCCUUGGCUCUUUUGACAACCACAGUUCCAAACUUCAUUGCAGCUUAAGAGUUCUCAGCGCUGAGGUAAACUUUGUAUUGUCAUCCCAGUGUACUCUUUUAGUGUCUUACUGAUUUUGUUGGCACUGUAUUUGGACCUGUCCUUGUAAAUGUAGAGACAUGUGUGGCUUCACUGGUAAUUUACAAGCAAAAGGUGAUUUGACAUGACACCUGUGUGAAAAUGUAAUGGCUGAACUCACUCUGUACAGCACGUGAAUUAAAACGUCUGCCGCUCAAGACGUUUCUUGAUGACUCUACUUAAUAGAUUCUGUGUGUGCUGAAUGUCCCCGUGUACAUAUGUGUGUUAAAUAAAACUGAACUGUACUGAA